UCAAGAUGGCGGAUUUAAGAAGUCGACAACUUCCGGUCGUGCCCCCAAAAUACUUGCGUGACCUCAUAUACAUGGCGUUUUGAAAUUUGCAGGAAAAACAAACAUCUCAAGCAGACAGAAGAGACUGACAUAGCAGAGAUAAUGGCAGAGAUGGAGGAAGACAUUGGAGAUCUGCCAGCCGAAGAGGAUGACAAUGACUCCGACAGAGAAGAAGAUGACAGACUGUUUGCUUGGAUGGUAAAUGACGAUAUGGAUGAAGAAGAUGAGGAGGUGGAGGAUGAACAGCCCUUGGACACUGAAGCAUCUGAAUCGUUUGAGUUAGAUACCCCAGCUGAGCGCAGUGGUCAUAUAGCAGUGGUUGACAGAAACAGCAUGUAUGUUUGGGGUGGAUACAAGAAUGCUCAAAACCACGGAUUCUUUGACUUCUAUCUGCCAAGAAAUGAGAUCUGGACGUACAACAUGGAGUCAGGAGUAUGGACAAAGCAUUUAGCCGGAGGUAACCUGCACACAUCCAUGUCAGGCAGCUGUGGGGUGUGUGUUGAUGGAGUCCUCUACUUAUUUGGAGGUCAUCACGCCAGGGGAAACACAAAUAGGAUCUACCGCCUGCCCCUGAGAGCUCCCAGCCUAGUUUGGGAGGAAAUGAGGGAUCUUAAAGGACUCCCUCCAUCCUGCAAGGACAAGCUUGGGUGCUGGGUUCAGAAGAACAAACUUAUAUUCUUUGGUGGCUAUGGCUACGCUGCUCAAGGACUUCAUCAAGGGACUUUUGAAUAUGAUGAAUCAUCUUCACUUGUGUGGGACAGCCCUGGACGAGGCUGGAACAACCACAUCCACAUCCUAGACCUGGAGACAUCUACAUGGAGCCAACCCAACACCAAGGGGAACACCCCAUCGCCCAGGGCAGCUCAUGCUUGUGCCACAGUUGGUAACAGAGGCUAUGUGUUUGGGGGAAGAUACAAGAACUACAGACUAAAUGACCUGUACUACAUUGACCUGGACACAUGGGAGUGGCAUGAAAUGAGCGUUCCCCAGCAGGGUCCUCUGGGACGGUCUUGGCACUCCUUCACUCCUGUGUCACCAGACCACAUCUUCUUAUUUGGAGGCUUCACCACAGACAGAGAGACACUGAGUGAUGCUUGGCUGUACUAUGUAAGCAAAAAUGAAUGGAAGCCUUUCAAACACAGUCACACAGAGAGUCCAAGGCUGUGGCACACAGCAUGCUCCGGUCCUGAUGGAGAGGUGUUUGUGUUUGGAGGGUGUGCCAACAACCUGUUGUCUCAUCACAAAGCGGCUCACAGUAACGAGUUACUGGUUUUUAAUGUUCAGCCCAAAUCACUAGUGCGGUUCUGUAUGGAAGCCGUUCUGCAGCACAGGGAGCGUUUGUCUAGUUACUGGGACUGCUUGCCUAAACACCUCCUACACAGCCUCAAACAGAGAAUGGCACGUGUCAACACACUGGGCUCCUAGGCUAAGAGGAAACCGUGAAUCUAGUCCAGAGGUUUAUAGGGUAGAGUAUAGAGUCUGUAUGUAUGUAUGCAUGUAUGAGAUGAGUGUUACUCUCAAAGCAGGUAGUCCUAUUUGAGCAUUAGUUUAAUGUGUGUGGACAUAUUUAAAAAAUCUCUAAGCAAUAGUGAACAGCUGUGUAACUGACAGCGCUUAUGUUCACAGGCCAUCCUUGUCCUGUUUAUUACCUUUUUUGUUUAUUAUCUUAUAGGUCAAACUAUUGCAAAGCCAGUAGAAUCUUUAGUGGUGUAACAGUGCAGACGAUGCACAGCAUAUAAAAGAGAGCAGAAAAUCUAGAAAAAUCCAAUUUCUUUGCUAAGCAUACUUCCUUCUGAAAAGCCAAAAUAUAAUGGCAUGGUUUCUAUUCCUGUAUUCCAAGAUAAAUGGUUUGCUACUUCUGUACUGGAUAAGAGAACUUGAUUUAAGAUAAGGUAUUUUUGUCAGCAUUUAGUAACUGCAAGUACAGUGAAGUUAUGACAGUGCUUCUGUGUUUAAGAUUCCAGAGAGGUUUUGUUGUUUAAUGCUCACAAAAAUGUAUUUUAUCUUGUUAAUACAAGAUGUUAAUAUUGUACUAGCCAGUAAAGUAGUGGAUACCUGCCUAAACUAAGAUUAUGAACAAAAAACACAAUCUCAUGAUCAGCUUUUCAUGAAAACCAUAGAAAGAAACCCUGUGAGAAAAUACUGUGUUAUGGAGUGGAGGAAAAUAUAGUUUGGAAAUUGGGCAGGACUUUCCUUUCCUCCACAAGAUUGUAGCACAUUGUGUAGGUAUACCCAAGAGUCAAGGAAAUAGUCUUUUAGAACAAACGCCAUACUCCAGUCGCUUGUUGACAUAGUUUCCACUGGUCUUCCUCAGAAAUUGAACCAACUGAAAAUAUUAGUCUAAUGUCUUAACACUAAACACAGUGGUGCAAGGCUGAAACAUGUUUGCUUUAACUGAAUUUGUUUAGGGAGCCUGUUGCUUUAAUAUAUGAUAGCUAUAACUGUUUGGCACAAUCUUUAAUACAGAUGUUUGCUAAAUCUUGUAGUUUAAGUUCUCACAGACCUAAAACUAGUGCUUUGUUACGCAAGACUAUCUCCUUUGAAGCCCCAGAAAUGUUAAUUUUUAUUUGUGUAUUUAUAUAGUUGAGGAAAUGUGUGGGUUCUUUAUUCUGAAAGAGGCUUUUAAAGCCUUUUUUACAUUGUCAUGAGUGGCUCCUGUAGCAUUUAAAUCUUGUUUUAACAAUAACUUAAAAUACUACCCUAAGUGUAUUGGAUGUUGAGCCACAUUGCACUGAAAUGCCUAAUUGUCAGUAGGGCUUUGUUUGUAUUUGCCUGGUUUGCACAAUGUUCCCUUAGUGUUUUUUAUUGUAGAAUGCAAUGGAUACUGUUAUUUCGUACUCAAAUAAACGCAUACCAU